AUGGACAUAGCUCCGGAAACGUUGACUCCGCCCGCUCUCUUUAAUUCUAAUAGUGCACUCGGUCAUUUUCCUUCUCUAACCUCUUCUGGACGUAUGUCAGUCUCGGCUCAACUUUCCGACUACCUCCGAUUACUUACUUAUCCUUGGACUAACCUCCAUAUUGCCCGGCUUUCCAGAUUCCUCCUCAACCAUUCAAUUUAUUUGAUGCCGGAGCGCCUCUUGCUUCCCCCGUCUGCGUUGGACUCCAGCUCGUCCGAACUAGAUUACCAGCCCCACAAUGAAGAGAGCCUUCUGAAUAAAUUAUCAGCCUCCUCAGACCAGGUAUUACUGAAAUGUUUUUCUGCUGGCUUGCUACUUUACGACUUCUUGUCCCUGUCACAACACGUUUUUAUUUUCCAAAUACUUUUUUAA